AUGGGAAGCAAUCUAGGUAGUCAAAGUUUUACAUCGUAUACAUACACAUUUCCGGCAACUCGUACUCAAUAUGUACUUUGUUUUGGUUUCUCUAACGCACCGGGUCAAUUUAAUUUGGAUGAUGUCAGUGUUGCUAGUAUCGUCGGCGGUACGAAUUUACUGACAAAUGGUGGAUUUGAAAGUAGUAGUAGCAGUUAUCCAGGUUGGACUGCGACUGGUUCAUCGUAUAACAGCAACUUUGAAAUCGAAACAUCACCAGUGCAUACUGGUUUAUACUCGUUUCAUAACGGGGUUAGUACAAUGGCAUAUUUAGGACAAUCAUUUGCAGCGACAAUCGGUACUACUUAUAAUACAGAAUUAAGAAAUGAAUCUGUGUACAUACCAGAGACCGAAACGGGUCGGGUCGGAUCCGAUUGUCUCGGGUCGGGUUAA